UGAUGCAUGCAAUGUCUGAGCAGGGGAACGCAACCCUAGUAUGUUUGGAGAACAGCGCUGCAAGGUUUGGCCAGUGUAUUUCUACCAAAACGCGCGCACACAGGAAUUGUAUGAAAUUGGUAACUACAAAACGUUACCUUCGAUUCGUUGUGGAAAUCGAGCAGUUGAAGGGCUCCCUUUUUUUGGUUGCUAUGGCAGCCAAGGCAUCGAAAGGGAAGUGGGGGGCCCUGAAGGAGCACCUGACCAGCAGCCCCCCCGACCGAGAUGCUCACCUUGAGGCCAACUUGGAGAACUCAGUUCCAGAGCUAUGCAUACGACUGCUACAGGUACCCACAGUGGUCAACUACUCAGGGGUGCGGAGGCGCCUAGAGGGGAGUGACCAGGAAUGGAUGGUGCAGUUCCUGGAGCUCAAUGGACUGGAUCUGCUGAUGGAGGCCCUGGAGAGGCUGUCUGGCCGGGGUUGUGCCCGCAUCGCUGACGCCCUCCUCCAGCUCACUUGUGUGGCCUGUGUGAAGGCAGUGAUGAACUCCUCAGCUGGACUGCACUUUAUACUGGACAAUGAGGGAUACGUCAGGACCCUGUCACAAGCCCUGGACACGUCCAACACCAUGGUAAAGAUGCAGGUGUUUGAGCUGCUGGCGGCCCUCACCUUGUUUAACCCACAGGGACACCACCUGGCCAUGGAUGCCCUGGAGCACUAUAAAAGUGUGAAUAUGCAGCAGUACCGCUUCAGCGUCAUCAUGAAUGAGCUGCAUGCGACUGACAAUGUUCCGUACAUGGUCGUCCUCAUGAGUGUGGUCAACGUGAUUAUCUUCGGGGUAGAAGACCUGCGGAAAAGGGACAAACUACGCAAAGAGUUCAUCGGGCUUCAAUUACUACAAUUACUUCCAAAACUUAGAGAGACUGAGGAUGUGGACCUGAACAUCCAGUGUGAGGCCUUUGAGGACACCAUGGCAGAGGAUGAGGAGGAGAUGGAGAGGGUGUACGGGGGCAUCGACAUGAGCAGUCACCAGGAAGUCUUCACCACACUCUUCACCAAAUUGAGUAGCUCCCCUGCAUCGGUGCAGCUGCUGUCGAUCCUGCAGGCUCUGUUGUUGGUAGGUCCGGAGCAGAGCGAGGUGUGGCUGGCCCUGGAGGCCCUGGCUGACCGCGCUACUUUGCUGGCACAGGACCCUGAUGUUGACUCCACCAAGCGCCUGAUGGAACGUCUGGUGUCCUCCAAGGGUCAUCAAGGGUCACCUAAGGUCAAGACCACAGACCGGGGCGUUCAGAUUGAUCGGUCAAUCUGUCUAUCAGAGGUCCUCAUUAAAGAAUCUACCACCCCUGUUGCCACUUCACCUCCUCCCCAUCCUCAUCUACCACCACCCCUACCAAGCAUGAGAACUUUUGUCCCACCACUUCCUGGCUUCUCUGGGAUGCCUCCCCCUGGCCUCCCUCCGCCACCACCUCUACCACAGAUGGGGCAUGGAGGUCCACCGCCUCCCCCACCCCUGCCAGGCAUGAUGGGUCCACCGCCUCCCCCACCCCUGCCAGGCAUGAUGGGUCCACCGCCUCCCCCACCCCUGCCAGGCAUGAUGGGUCCACCGCCUCCCCCACCCCUGCCUGGCAUGAUGGGUCCACCGCCUCCCCCACCCCUGCCAGGCAUGAUGGGUCCACCGCCUCCCCCACCCCUGCCUGGCAUGAUGGGUCCACCGCCUCCCCCACCCCUGCCUGGCAUGAUGGGUCCACCACCUCCCCCACCCCUGCCUGGCAUGAUGGGUCCACCGCCUCCCCCACCCCUGCCAGGCAUGAUGGGUCCACCGCCUCCCCUUGGUGGCGAUGAAAUUAUAGUGGCCCAGAGUGUGCAGAUGCGAUCCUGCUACGCCUCUUCACCCAAGGUGGGCCGCUGCCCCACACUGCGUAUGAAGAAGCUCAACUGGCAGAAGCUGCCAUCCAGAGUGGUGACUGAUAGUCACUCCAUGUGGACCUCGGUACAGGUAGAUUCUCUGGAGCCUGAUUACUCCAGUAUUGAGGAGCUCUUCUGUCUGCCAGUGACUGACUCAAAAGCCAAAGGCAGCACUCCUGCAGUCAAACAGGAGCCCAAAGAGAUUUCUUUCAUUGAUGCCAAGAAAAAUCUUAACCUGAACAUAUUCUUGAAACAAUUCAGAUGCUCACAUAAGGACUUUGUGGCCAUGAUUCAAAAAGGUGACCGGUCCAAGUUUGAUGUGGAGGUGCUGAAACAGCUGCAAAAGCUACAGCCAGAGAAGCAUGAGAUUGAGAACCUGAAGUCCUACAAGGGAGAGCGGGAGAAGUUAGCUGGUGUGGACCAGUUUUAUCUCCAGCUCCUAGCUGUUCCAUGCUACGCGCUGAGGAUCGAGUGCAUGUUGCUGUGUGAGGAAAUCAGCUCGGUGUUACAGAUGAUGCAGCCUAAAGUUAAGCUGCUGGACGAGGCCUGUGAGAGUCUGAGAGUGAGCACUCGACUGCCAAGCUUCUGCAUGCUCAUUCUGGACGUUGGAAACUUCCUCAACUAUGGAAGCCACACAGGGAACGCUGAGGGCUUCAAGAUCAGCACACUGUUGAAACUCACUGAAACCAAGGCCAAUAAAAGUCGCAUCACGCUGCUCCACCACAUCCUAGAGGAGGCUGAGCAGAACCAUGAUGACCUGUUGAACCUUCCAGAUGAUCUAGAGAUCUGUGAGAAGGCUGCUCGUGUGAAUUUGGAGACUCUCCAGUCAGAGGCGAGUUUGCUCAUCAAGCGGUUGAAAGAGUCAGAGAAGAAGGUGGCUUCCUCCUCUGUGGCGGCCAUCAAGGAGCAGUAUCUCACUGCCAUACAGGGAAGCCAGGAGGCCUGCAGGGAGCUGGAGGCGAGGUUUGCCUCCAUCGACAGGAAGAAGGAGGAUCUGGCACAGUAUCUGUGUGAGGACUCAUCCCGUCUCUCCCUGGAGGACUUGUUCAGCACUUUACAUUCCUUCAGGGGACUCUUCAUCAAAGCUCUCAAGGACAAUCAGACCCGCCGAGAGCAAGCGAUUAAGGCUGAGAAGAGGAAGAAACAGCUGGAAGAGGAGGAUUCCAAGAGACCAAGGGGGGAGAACAGGAAGAUAAUUCGUAAAGCCCCCCCGGUCCAGGAGGGCUGCAUCAUUGACCACCUGCUGUCUGACAUCAGGAAAGGCUAUGCGCUGAGGAAAACCAAGCACCAGGCCGACAGAACCAGCCUGCCUUCUGAGGACAAAGGGGACAGCAUUCAGCCUGGUGAACAGUGCACCAAGCUUAAGGGAACAUCUGCUAUAGAUGCCAAAGAGGAAGUUGAAAAGGGGACUUCACCCAUUGACCUAGGACAACAAAGCGGAAAUCCGGUCGUAGUGGAGUCCGGCCUCCCCACAGACCCCUCACUUCAGUCGAGUUCUCCCAAAACACCAGGCCCCUCAAACCUUCAUACCACCACCAAGGAUCACAUCCAGAGUGAAGACCUCAACCCUGGGAUGGAUUCCUCUACUGACUGCCAGCUCAAGGAGUCCACAGAGGGGGAGGGGUUUAAGGCCGCUGAAUCCAAGGUUGAGAAUGUGAACAGGAAUGCAUUCUCAGCUGCUGGGGAUGGUCCAAAGAGCAGAGAUGCAGAGACCGAUGGGAACAGAGAGAGUGGAGCUGAUGGAAAUGGGUUAGAGGAGACUCCAUCAUCAGAGUCCCCCUCAACCACAGCUGAUGUCGACGCAGAGUCCAAACAUGCACAGAAACGGGGGAGUACUAAGAGACAUGGCAAAGCCAAGCGCAAAGGAAAAGACCACACUAAACUUAAAAAGGUGUGUGUGUUACAAUGAGGGAGGUUCUCCUCCUUUCAGGCUAUCAGAAACACCAUCCACUAAGCUUGCAUGGAUCUCACUAGAUCCUUGGUGAUUUAAGGGUCCUGUUUCACUGGCUAUUCUGCAUCUUGGCCAUCCUGCACAUCCCUCCCUUUUCCUCAGUGACCUUUCUGAAGCUAUUUGCAGUUACUGUUCCUGCUUGAGCUCUCUUCCAUGUCUGUGGUAUGGUUAGCCUGGCUGGCUUCCUGUUGGUGCUUUAUGGUUGACUUCCAGGGGCUUUUUGGUGGUUGUAUAUUGUCUGUCAGCUAAUACCGGGUGGUUGGAGAUUCAUAGGCUUGCCAUCAUUGGAUCCCCCUAGUACAUGAGGUGCCCUUAUGAUGGGAGAUGUGAUACCCCUCGCGCCUGACGAAACGCAUACCGACUCACUGAACAUUGCGGGACCUCAGCCAAACUCUGGACCUCAGCAUAACUCUGCCUGUUCUCCCUACCAACACACAGAGAUCAGAUCUGGGCCAGUGGUUUUUGUGGGUCAUGACAGUGUUGUUAAUUCACUUGGUUUGAGUAACUUUGUGGAUUUCACAUUUUGUCAAAGAACAUUGCCUCUAUAAAUGUUGCAUAUGAUGUGAACACCAACUACUGACUUUUGCUAGAUUGUUCUCCAUUUUUUUUUUUUUAUGAUGAACAUGUCAAAGUAGUUUGUUAGUGUGUUGUAAGUCUUUGUCACUGCCAAGGGAUGUUACAAUCACAGAUGUCCCCUAAAGAUGACAUCACUUCAUGUUAGGUGUGGGGUCUAUGGAUCUCGUCUCUUCUAAUAGCCAGUGUGCAGAGUGCACCGAGCAAGCGGCUAUGGCUCUGUCAAGUUUAAAUGUUUUUGCCUCAUAUACACACACACAGUGGGUGUAAAACAUUACUCUCAGUGUGCUUUUUAAAUGCACUUUUCUUGAUUGAUUUAGAUUUUAUUAGGAUCUCUUUUUGUCCUCAUUUGGACUAAUCUUCCAAGAGUCCUUAAACUUUAAAAUACAAUCCAAUUUUCACAUAACAUGCUGUUCCAAACCAUAAUAUAUCAAGUAAAUUAGAAAAAAUAACUAAUGACGAUCUGAAAAGAGGUUAGUUCAGUCAUCUACCAUAGUCGUGCACAUCACAAUCCUAUUUCCUAGUGGUUGUAAAGUAUUCCUGAAAUUAUUUAUUGAAAGAUUUCUGGUUUCUCAAUUUGUUUUGUUUUUUUCGCUUUGAAUCUAAAUGUUUUACUUCUCUGCUGGUGUAAGACAUGGAUGGUCGAUGUCCUAUUCUUUGUAUUGACUGAAUGUCUCUUAUCAACUGAAUCCUGUAGUGAAUAGAUUUUGGCCAUAAUAAAAAAAGGGUGCUCACUUUA